CGGAGUCGCGCCACGUGACCGCCCAUCGACAGGAGUUUCCACGACAGCUGAGUAGCAGCUAAAUGCUUUUUUUUCACCUGUAACACAUCUCAUUUUCAACUCCUGCGCGCGACCGACUUUUUUUUUUUAUUUAAAAAAAAUGGGAGACAAGAAGAGUCCCACAAGGCCAAAGCGUCAACCCAAGCCCUUCUCCGACGAUGGCUACUGGGACUGUAGCGUGUGCACAUUCAGGAACAGCGCUGAGGCGUUCAAGUGCAUGAUGUGCGAUGUCAGAAAAGGGACUUCCACUCGAAAACCACGGCCCGUCUCUCAGCUGGUCGCACAGCAAGUAAAUCAGCAAUUUGCACCUCCAACACAUCCUAAAAAGGAGAAGAAAGAAAAGUCGGACAGAGACAAAAGUGAUAAAGAACCCUCGCUGAAAAAGAAAAGCUAUAAAAAGAUGAGGCCCAGGUUAAAAAACAUAGACAGGAGCAGCGCGCAACACCUGGAGGUCACCGUUGGAGACUUGACUGUAAUAAUCACAGACUUUAAGGCGAAAGCCAAACCCACGUCCACGUCCACAAGCACUGCCUCAGCAGACCAGCACAGUCAAAGCGGCUCCAGCUCCGAUAACACUGAACGAGGAGUCUCCAGAUGCUCCUCGCCGCGCGGGGAAGGCUCUUCAGUUAACGGAGAGACUCACUAACCUUCGCUCUCCCGGCCAGCACAGCCCAUUCUUCUGCACUCUCAACAGCCUCAACCAGAGAUUAAACUUCAAACUGCACGUUUAUUUUUUAAAGUAAUACUAUAAAUGCCAAUACGAUAGCGUUCAUUUCUGCUUGGGGGUUUAUAUUUUCACUGCCUUCCGGUGACGGUGGAUAACUUAACGAGGAUGCGUGCUGUGCACCUGUCUGCAGCAAACUCUAUCACGAUGAACUUGAAAAAAAGGAACAGUAGCAUUAAAUCCUGGCUGCCAGUGGAACUGCGCCACGUGUUGUGGUAACUCGUGUUUUAACACCUCAGUGCUACAACAGAUUCACAUUCAGUCGAUGGUUGCCGCACAGAAUAAAUGAAGCAUUACGAGACAAAUGUGAAGAAGUCAUCUCAGAAUUGUAGAAUAACCUUGAAUGAUAAUUUGCACUUAAUGGCGUCCUUUGUUCCUCGUUAACAUUUGUUUUUUAGCAUUAUUUCCAUUUUGCCAUUAUCAGUAAAACAUAACACUGUUGGUUACUGGCCUUAUCCAGCUCUCAUUUUAUGCCAUUGAACGCAAUCAUUGUCCUACUGUCUAGCAUUUGAGUACAAAUAAUGAACAAUAUUCUAAGUAUGCUUCUCCUUCACUUGUUAGAGUUGAGCAUGAUCUAUCUAUAGAACAGUUUAUAUUGUAAGAUAAUGUUGAAUAAAAUAAGCUGUAGAUACUUGCA